AUGACAUCAGUGCUCAACACCAAUGCUUCACUGCCGUACAGCCAUGACUUAUUUGAAAGCCUUAUUGUAAAGAAAAGAAUAAAGGUGGAUGGGGGGGGACUUACACUGGAAAAUGUUGCCAAGUGUCAGAACACCCCAUAUAACGAGAAAGUCAUUUCAGAGAGUGAACAAGAUGACACAUCCUUUGCAGAAUAUUUUGCAACAACGUCAAUUUGGGCCACGACAGAAGUGAAGAGCUAUAAUAAUGCACGUAAUCUAAAUACCGUGAAUGAAGUUGAUGCAGAAUCUCAAGCGCUGGAACCUGUUGAAGCACAGUCUGCGGGCGAUUUGGUGUCCAGGAGUGGUGGGCUUCAGCGCGCCUUGCGGGCAUUCGAUAUCAUAGUGAAUAUGGAAAAUGCAGCUGGGCCAUGCGAAAUAGUGGACGCACUUGCCGCCGAACACUACUUAAAGGAGGCCGUGAGGUGUGACGCACGACAAACACGGGAUGACAGCUGUUCAAGCGCGAAUAGUGUAUUUGACAGUAUGUGGAUGCCUGCAGCACUGGAAAAUGUUGCCAAGUGUCAGAACACCCCAUAUAACGAGAAAGUCAUUUCAGAGAGUGAACAAGAUGGCACAUCCUUUGCAGAAUAUUUUGCAACAACGUCAAUUUGGGCCACGACAGAAGUGAAGAGCUAUAAUAAUGCACGUAAUCUAAAUACCGUGAAUGAAGUUGAUGCAGAAUCUCAAGCGCUGGAACCUGUUGAAGCACAGUCUGCGGGCGAUUUGGUGUCCAGGAGUGGUGGGCUUCAGCGCGCCUUGCGGUACAAACUAUCUUGGUGUGUCAAGUCUGCAUUACACCCCGAACCUCGACUGCGAAUCAAUGAACGACCUGAACGAGCGACUUCAGUGCGUCUACGCACAACUCACUGGGCUCAUCAAAGUUGGCUUCAACCAAGUGAGCUGAGA